AUGCCUAAAAAAGUUUCUGGGCUCAUAAACCAUAUUAAGAGUGCAAGAAAGCUUGGGUGUGUUCUUCUUGGGGUGAGCUGUGGUGGAAAUAUGGCAGACUAUGUUGCACGGAAAGCCGUUGAGUUGGGCAGUAUUUUGGACCCUGUCAAGGUGGUGGCACAAGUUUUGAUGUAUCCAUUUUUCAUUGGAAGUGUUCCAACACACUCUGAGAUAAAACUGGCAAAUUCCUACUUCUAUGACAAGGCUAUGUGCAUACUUGCAUGGAAACUUUUUUUACCUGAGGAGGAGUUCAGCCUGGACCACCCUGCCGCCAACCCACUUGUCCCUGAUAGGGGGCCACCUUUAAAGCUCAUGCCUCCAACACUCACCGUUGUGGCAGAGCAUGAUUGGAUGAGAGACCGGGCAAUUGCUUAUUCAGAGGAGCUCCGGAAGGUAAAUGUUGAUGCACCAGUUUACGAGUAUAAGGAUGCAGUUCAUGAAUUUGCAACUCUUGAUAUGCUCCUUAAGACCCCUCAGGCCCAGGCCUGUGCGGAGGACGUUUCCAUCUGGGUAAAGAAGUAUAUCUCACUUCGAGGUCAUGAGUUCUCUUAUUAAGUAAGCUAUGCAAGUUCAGAAACAGUUUCAGAAGGAUCACAAUAUACCAGUGUUUGUGAUUUACUUUUGGAUGACCGUGGGAGCAUCUAAUUGCUAUCUUUACAUGGGAGUGGGGAUUCGUAACACGAGGAAUCAGUUUUCUAUCUCCUUUAGCUUCAAGGAGGUUCCACGGUUUUCUUGUUUAAUCCUUUAGCCAUUCUGUUAUUUUUGUAAGAUAGAUAACUUGCCUCUCAGUAGGAUUUAGUUUAGUUGUGAGAUCUUCCUCUCUGAGUUACGCAUGCCACGUCGAGAUGGCCUUUUUAACAUUGUUUCGCUGUGUAUUGAGAUGUAAAAUUUAUAAUUAAAAGAAUCCAG